GGUAGAUCACGAGUCACCACUCAAUAUUCUCAUCAGGAUAUAUAUAAACAUUCACUCGUGCUCGCUGUCUUGAUCAAUCUUGUUCAUUCACACACACACACGCACACAGUCAUAGUCAGAAUUGCAUUUCGAUUUUACCCCUCAAAUAACCCCACCUUCUACCACCCUUGACUACGUACUCAACAUCCUUCUUACAAAAUACCUGACAUCAAUAGUAACACAACUUUGCAGCGACAGUAACAAAUAAAUAAGCAUAUUACGAAGUAAAAUCAUGACUGAACCAUCAAAUAAUGCAGCUAAACCAUCAGCUUGGUCGAAGACCAAGCUUGGCGGCAAAGCGGCUUUUGACAAAGGAUGGGCUGCGUUUGAGAAAUUGGGAGGACCAGUUAACAAGCUCACGAAUAAGAUUGGAUCUGAGGCCUUCUGGCCAACUGGCAUGGAAAAAGAAUGCGAAAAGGCUGCCCGAAUCCUAAAAUCAUUCUGUAAGGAUGGAUUUAUGGCGGAGCAACAGAAAGAUGCAUCACAAGACUCAGAGACUAAGAAGAAGGUUCAAGAUGGACCCAGCAAGCCACCGAAAGUUCUUGUUAAGAUCCCCCAAAAGGUUAUCAAGAACUGUGUCGGUCUCGCAAUUUACACCACCAUGCGGUCUGGAUUGUGGGUAUCCGGCGCGGGUGGAUCUGGCGUUUUAAUUGCGAAGAACGAGAAUGGACAAUGGUCACCCCCAUCCGGAAUUCUCGUCCACACUCUUGGUGUAGGAUUUAUGGCCGGAAUUGAUAUCUAUGACUGUGUCAUUGUUAUCAAUGACCGCAAGGCUCUUGAGGCAUUCAGUAAAUUACGUGUCUCUCUCGGUGGCGAGAUAUCCGUCGUGGCCGGCCCUGUUGGAAGUGGUGCCAUUUUAGAAAGUGAGCUGUUGAAAAGUAGGAAGCCAUUGUUCUCCUAUAUGAAGAGUAGAGGUCUGUAUGCAGGAGCACAGGUUGAUGGAACCAUAAUCAUCGAGCGCAACGAUGAAAAUGCAAGAUACUACGGGGAAAAGUUACCGGUAGCACAGAUUUUACAAGGAAAUGUUCCAUCUCUUCCGCCAACCGCUGAGCUGUUGAUGGAGGUUGUAAAGGAUGCAGAAGGAAGACCAAACUUAAACCAGUCAGUCUUGCAGCAAGUUUACGAUAAGCCAGCACCGGCGGAUGUGGAGAUUGUACAUUCUGGAGAGGCUAGUGAGGACGAGAAGAAAAAGUUUGGGAACCCAAACACAGCUGAGGGUUAUGCUGCUCAGCAGCAAUUGCACGGAUUCCAGCAGCAGCAGUACCCAGGAUAUACUCAGGGCAAUGAUUCUUACUAUCCCCCUCCUCCUCCAGGACCACCACCUCAACAAGAUUAUACUCAAAACCCCCCGGCCUACUCUCCAAAUUCUUCGUCAGACUUUCCACAACAACAAGCAAGCGGUGCAACUGAACACGGCUAUUAUGCACCCGAAAAACCCCCCCGCCCAACUUGAAUAAGUAAAUGCUCGGAUGAAGAUAAAUUAAUAACUCUAAGAUAGUCUUUUCAAUGUAAGGCUUGGUCAUAAGUCUAUCCCGAAGUUCUUACUCGAGGCAUCAAGGAUCCAUGAUUUUUAGUAAGAUAAUCUGUGAAAUUUUGUUGUAAUACACGUCUAUAGUUGCGCUUUGAAAUGCACACAUGCAACCAAUUUCGUAAUAAAAUCAACCUCAAGUUGUACACAACUAUUUAGAGCACUUGUGUAAACGCCCAAUCGUCAUUGCGUGACACA